AUGGAAGAAAAGGCCCACGAGAUCAUGGGCCUCGCCACAGCUUGCGACAGCCGGGAGCGCUCCGUGCCCGCACGAGACGGCGGUGGCUGGUCAGGGCUCCCCAUGGACGUCCUCUACCAAGUCAUCUGCCGCCUCCCGCCCCCGCUUAAUGGCCGCUUCAACCUCAGCCUCGCCGCCGUCUGCCGCCACUGGCACGCCGCUGUGCGACUAUGGCUACCCGACGCUCUGCCUAAGCUAUGCCUGGCGCUCCCACACGGGAGCUUCCUCACCUUCCAGCCCAAAUACCCUGACUUGAAGCUGAGGAACCAUAUUAACAAUCCCAACUGUCGCUCCUAUCACGGCGCGACCGACAGCCACCUUCUCCUUGAGACUAACAGUUGGGGCGUGUACUGCAUGGUGAACCCUUUCACCGGGACAGAGAGGCUGCUCCCCGCCCCGUCCAUCCACGACGGGCUCAUCGACGAGGAAGGCUACUUGCGCGAGGAGAUGUCCGUGCGAAAACUGGUGGUCUGCCCAGACAGCGGGCUCGUCGCUGCCAUCCUCGGCCAUGAGUAUUCCGCCAAGAUCGCGCUAUUUGCGCCGGAGUCGGCGGCAUGGUCAUGGACGGUCAGCUCGUGUGACCCAUGGCGCUCGUACGCUGACAUGAUCUUCUUUGAUGGGAAGCUCUACGCGCUUACCCACAACGAGGACCUCCUCGCGCUGGAGGUGGGCUACGACGAGGGCGGUCAGCCCAGGAUCUCCAGCGUUAAGCGCAUCAUUGAAGGCGGUGACGGUGUCUUAAAGGGAUACACCUGGACGCGCUACCUUGUUGUGAGACCAUGCGGUGGCGGUCUGCUCAUGGUGUGUAGGAUUCUGCUAGAAUACGUCGCGACUACAUCCGAGUUUUUGGUGUUCCAGGCGGACCUCCAGUCGCCACAAUGGGUCAAGGUAGACACCCUAGGCGGCGAUGAGGCGCUCUUCGUCGGCCGACUGUCCUCUAGGGCCGUGCGCGCAGGUAGGCACGGACUGCGCGGCGACCAGAUCUUCUUCCUGGACGAUUCAGCUGCAAUCCAACGCCCCAGAGUACGUUCAGGUCCAACCAAAGAUGCAUUCGCCAAUGUGUAUGACAUGAAAGACGGGAGAGUUAGCACGGUUCUGCAGAUGCAACCGUACAGGGAUGGAGCAUCGCUUGCGACAUGGCUCUUUCGGGAGGAUGCUGACGCCGAGGAGUGA